UAUAUCUGUAAACAAAAAUUUCUCCAAGAGUCGAACUUUAGAAGAAGAGAGGUUUUCUCGUCUACAGCUGCUGCUUCACGACCAAAGCCUUUUUUUACAGGUCAAUUCGCUAGAGAGAAUGUCGUGGAGAGGAAAGCGAAAAGGCGAUGGUGUCCGAGCAUCAGAUGACGAUUCUGAAGCCCACGCGCCGGCUAAGAAAGUAGCAAAGCCAGCCGAGGACUCCGAAGAGUCUGACGACAUCGUCGUCUGCAAUAUAUCUAAGAAUAGGAGAGUCUCUGUGAGGAACUGGAACGGAAAGAUUUGGAUUGACAUUCGUGAGUUCUAUGUCAAGGACGGUAAAACUCUCCCCGGCAAGAAAGGUAUCUCUCUAAGCGUUGAUCAGUGGAACACUCUUCGGAACCGCGCAGAGGAUAUCGACAAGGCGCUCUCUGAUCUUUCUUAGCUUUAAAAAGUUUGUAUAAUUAGUAGUAAAGUCUAGUAGAAGAUGACUCGGUGUUUUUGUUUUUGUUUUGAAUCAUCUAAAGCCUUUUGACAGAACACCAUGUUCUGGAACUUGUAAGCUGCGGGCGGUGUAUCGUUGAAUCUUUCUAUCUCUUUUGGUUCAGACAAGCCUGUGUUACUUGGACGUCAGUGAUAUGCAUUUAAAAUGAUGAUUACUCUUUA